GUAGUAGUUUAAAAGCAGGUACCUGGUGCCAUACAUUAUCAGUAGGAGCAGGUAGAUUACCUGUUCAGGUGGACCAGGAGGACAUCGUUAGAAGAACCAUCAUGGCACUCCAAUGGGUAAAGCCGUGGAUUGCUCUCCUCUUCGGACUGUCUGCUGCAUAUUCUGAGACUGUUAUGAUUCCAGAUAUGACUUCCAUUGGGAGUCUAUAUGAUUCCAAACUGCAAAUCUUGUCAGCAGGAGUGAGUCCCACUCAUAACGGGCAGGUCUGCAGCACAUGGGGUAACUACCACUACAAAACCUACGAUGGAGACUUCUUCCAGCUGCCCUACACCUGUAACCACGUGCUGACGUCGCUGUGUAAGAGCAGCAGCGGCUAUGAGGCCUUCAACGUUCAGCUGCAGCGGGGAGAGGUAGACGGGCUGCCCACCAUAACCAAGGUGUCUUUGAAGCUGGAUGGAACCUUCGUGGAACUGGCCAAUGGUAACGUCAGUGUCAACGGAAAACAGGUCACCAUACCAUUUGGUCAGUUCAACGUCUUCAUUGAGAGGACCGUUUCCUAUGUGAAGAUCACAGCCAAGCUGGGGUUAGUCGUCAUGUGGAAUGAAGAUGAUUCCCUCUGGGUGGAGCUGAACUCAAAGUUCCACAAUCAGACGUGUGGGCUGUGUGGAGACUUCAACGGAGUCCAGAUUUACGACGAGUUCAUUAAGAAUGAUGCUCAUCUCAACAUAAUCGACUAUGGUGAUCUUUGGAAGAUGAAUGGCCCAACAGAGACCUGUACAGAAAUCCCUGGUCCCAAGGAGCAGUGUGAAGACCAGACCGAACUUUGUGAGCAGCUUCUCACCAGCCUUGCCUUCAGUAGCUGUAAGGAGCUGAUUGCCACAGACUCUUUCAUCAAGGCCUGUGCAGCAGACAUGUGUCACUGUGGCAACAGUAGCAGCAGUGCCACCUGCGCUUGCCCCACCAUGUCCGAGUACUCCCGCCAGUGUGCUCACGCAGGGGGGAAACCCCAACAGUGGAAGACCGAGGAGUUCUGCUUGGAGACGUGUCCUUUCAACAUGGAGUACCAGGAGUGUGCUAGUCCCUGCACUGAUACCUGCUCCAACCCAGAGAGGAACCAGCAUUGUGAGGAACACUGCACCGACGGAUGCUUCUGCCCUGCCGGAACCGUGUUUGAUGACCUCAAUCUGACUGGCUGUGUAGCUGUGAACCAGUGCUCUUGUCUCCACAACGGACAGUCUUACCAGCCUGGACAAUCAUUCUCAAGAACAUGCCAGACAUGUACCUGUAACCAAGGCCAGUGGAGUUGUACAGAUCUAGAUUGUCCAGCUACCUGCUCCAUAGUGGGAGGUUCCCACAUCACCACCUAUGAUGGGAAAGACUACACCUUCCAUGGAGACUGCUCAUAUGUCCUGUCCAAGCAAACCAACAACACUGCUUUCACAGUCCUGGGUGACAUAGUGAAAUGUGGAAAUACGGACACUGAGACCUGCCUAAAGGCUGUGACCCUGGUGAUUCCAGAUCUCUCGAUCGUCAUCGAGGCCAGUGGAAGGGUCUUUGUCAACAAGAUGUUUUCUCAGUUGCCGCUUUUCAUGGCGAAUGUAACAAUCUUUCAGCCCUCUACGUUCUACAUCGUUGUGCAUUCCUCUUAUGGGCUGCGUCUUGAGGUCCAGCUAACUCCUAUAAUGCAGGUCUACAUCAUAGCUAGCAGCUCCCACAAGGAACAAACCCAGGGUCUUUGCGGAGACUUUAACAGCGUCCAAGCUGACGACUUCAGGACCAUCAAUGGACUGGUGGAAGGAACCUCUGUGACGUUCGCCAACACGUGGAAGACCAAAGCAAGCUGUCCUGAUGUGACACAGAACUUUGAGAUCCCAUGCAGUCUGAGUGUAGAGAACGAGAGAUAUGCCAAGCACUGGUGCUCGAUGCUGUCCGAUCCUGCAGGAAUAUUUUCCCAAUGCCACACUGAGAUCAACCCAAAGUACUACAAGGAAAUCUGCCUAUAUGACAGCUGUAACUGUGAGAGGAGUGAGGAGUGCAUGUGUGCUGCAGUCUCCUCCUAUGUCCGUGCAUGUGCUGCUGCAGGUGUCCUGCUCAGUGGAUGGAGAAACACCACCUGUGGGAAGUACACCUCUCUCUGCCCCGACACAAUGGUCUAUGACUACACCAUGACCAGCUGUGACCGCACCUGUCGUUCACUGAGCCAGCCAGACUUUACCUGCCAGUUAGACCAUGUGCCUGUGGAUGGCUGUGGCUGUGCAGAGGGAACCUACCUGAAUGACCAGGGAGACUGUGUCCCUGCAUCACUCUGCUCCUGCUACUAUGGAGCCACGGUAGUACCCCCUGGAGAGGUCACCAGGAUCUAUGGGACUACUUGCUCAUGCAGACAAGGGAAAUUAAGUUGUGUUGGAGGCCUACUUUUGUUCCCUACAGCCUGUGAAGAACCAAUGGGUUUCUUCAACUGCUCCAGUGCAGGGCCCGGAGCCAAGGGCUCAGAGUGCCAGAAGAGCUGUCAAACACUAGACAGUCAAUGUAUCAGUGCAGACUGUGUAUCAGGCUGUGUUUGUCCUGCUGGUCUGCUGUCUGAUGGGAAUGGAGGAUGCAUCGAGGAGGACCUAUGUCCCUGUUCUCACAAUGGAGUCUACUACCAACCUGGACAGACACUCAAAGUAGACUGCAAUACCUGCACUUGCAAAGGGAGGAAAUGGCAUUGUACCAAUAACCAGUGUGAUGGGAUGUGUGCCAUAUAUGGGGAUGGGCAUUUCAUCACUUUUGAUGAGGAAAGGUUCACUUUCAAUGGAGAUUGUGAAUACACUCUUACUCAGGAUUACUGCAGCAACAAUCCAAACGGUACCUUUAGAGUGAUCACGGAGAACAUUCCAUGUGGAACCACUGGCACCACCUGUUCCAAGGCCAUCAAGCUCUUCUUGGGGAACAAUGAGAUCAUACUGGCAGAUAAAUCUGUAAAAGUGAUCAAACAAGAGAAUGGGGUAGACGUACCAUACCAGGUCCACUCUAUCGGUCUGUAUGUUGUUGUUGAGGCUGAAAAUGGCCUGAUCCUCAUGUGGGAUAAGAAGAAUAGCCUGUUUAUCAAACUCAGCUCUACUUUCCAGGGCCAAGUGUGUGGUCUGUGUGGAAACUACGACGGUAAUGGAAAGAACGACUUCACGUCCAGAAACCAGGAAGUGGUUGUUGACGCUCUGGAGUUUGGGAACAGCUGGAAAGUGUCAACUAGUUGCCCCAACGCUGAUGUCAUAAAGAACCCAUGCGCUUUAAGAUCAUACAGGGAGUCCUGGUCUCUGAAACGUUGCAGCAUCAUCACCAGUAAAGUGUUCGCAGCCUGCCACUCAGAGGUGGACCCCACCCCAUUCCAUGAUGCCUGUGUGAGGGACUCGUGUGCCUGUGACACUGGGGGAGACUGUGAAUGUUUCUGUACCGCUGUAGCAGCCUACGCCCAGGCCUGCAACGAGGCAGGGGCUUGUAUCAGGUGGAGAACACCAGAUAUCUGCCCUGUGUUCUGUGAUUUCUACAACCCUAUUGGUGAGUGUGAGUGGCAUUAUCAGCCGUGUGGAGACCCCUGUAUGAAGACCUGCAGGAAUCCCUCAGGAACAUGCUCCAGUCAGAUCCCUGCACUGGAAGGUUGCUAUCCAAAAUGUCCUCCGGACCAGCCUUAUUUAGAAGAAAGAACCAUGAAGUGUGUCCCUAUCACGCAGUGUGGUUGCUACGAUGGAAAUGGAACACGUUACAACGAGGAUGACGUUAUGCCUUCCAAGGAGAACUGUCAGAGAUGUCUUUGCUCAUCAACUGAGGCCAAUUGCAGCUAUGAUAUCGAAGCCUGCCAUUGUAUAUACGGCGGCAGCACAUACCCGUAUGGAGCUACCAUAUAUCACACAUCUGACGGUGAUGGGACCUGUAUUACUGCCAUCUGCCAAACCAACGGAACCAUUGUCCGGAAUAUGAAACCCUGCCCCAUUGACACCACAACUCCACCAAGUGUUAGAACAACACAGAUAUCCACCCAAGCACCGACCACAACAGUAUUUGUUUUCACAACUCCUACCACUAACCCAACAACUACUCCUACCACUAACCCAACAACAACUCCUACCACUAACCCAACAACUACUCCUACCACUAACCCAACAACUACUACGACUACCUCAACAACAAAACCUACCACUACCCCCACAACAACCCUCACUUCAACACCAACCACUCCACCCACUUCUACUCCACACUGCCUGAUCUGCUGUGAAUAUGUCAAUCCACCAAGGAAGGAUGGUGAAACUUGGAAAACCGGCAACUGCACUACUCAAACGUGCAACAUGGGUGUAAUUACCACAACGUUUGUGGUCUGUGAGUCUGUACAACAGCCUGUGUGUGAAAAUGGAUUUCCACCAGUGAAAGUCUAUGAUGAAUCAGGUUGCUGCUAUCACUACGAAUGUCAAUGUAUAUGCUAUGGAUGGGGAGACCCUCAUUACGUCACAUUUGAUGGGCAAUAUUACAGUUUCCAGGAAAACUGCACCUACGUUUUGAUUAAAGAAAUAGUUCCUCGAAAUAACUUCAGUGUCAUCAUCGACAACUACAACUGCGAUCCGUCUGGACACGCGACCUGCCCUCAGUCUCUGAUUGUCCAUUACAAGUCCUAUAUAAUCGUUCUUACUCCGAAGAGAUUAACCACAACAAAACAUUUGGUGUACAUCAAUGGAAAUCAGAUCUUCCCGACCUUUUCUAAUGAAGACCUCAUGAUCACCAGCACUGGGAUGGAGUUACUGUUGACAAUCCCUGCCAUUAAAGCACAAGUGAUGUUUAAGUCCCUUAUGUACAGUGUAACCCUGCCAAACUCCCUAUUCCACAACAACACAGAGGGACAGUGUGGCACCUGUGACAAUAUCACGAAAAACGAUUGCAGAUUACCGAAUGGACAGAUUGAUCCAUCAUGUCCUGGGAUGGCUCAUCAAUGGCAGACUUCUGAUGAUAAAAAACCCUAUUGUAAACCGAACAGACCGAUCCCACCUAGCACACCUACCCCUACGCCUCCAACCUGCCCGUCAGGAAAGACAGCAAUCUGUGACAUCAUACUUAGCCCGGUCUUUGAACAAUGCCAUGACGUUAUCCCACCACAACCCUUCUUCGAGGCCUGUAAGUUCGAUGUCUGCCACAUGCCAAAUAUCACAAUCGGCUGCUCCAGCCUGGAAACCUACGCUGUGAUGUGUGCAGGAGCUGGAGUCUGUAUCAACUGGAGGAACUCAACUAAUGGAAAAUGUGAACUGAUCUGCCCUAAAACCAAAGUGUAUAAGGCAUGUGGCCCUACUAUCCAGCCAACAUGCAAUUCAAGAUACAAUGACAAAUAUGUGCAUUCAUGUGAGGGAGAACAAAACAGCCGUGACAUUGUAUGUGACACAUUCAUGGAGGGCUGCUUCUGCCCCGAGGGUACCAUCUUGUUCAACACGUUAUCUGACACCUGUGUUCGUGACUGUGGUAAGGAUGGAUGCACUGGACCUGAUGGGAAUCCCAAACAGUUUGGUGAGACUUGGAACAGUAACUGCCAGAAGUGCGAGUGUAAUGCUGACACACUGAGUGUCCGGUGUGAACCGGUGAAAUGUCCGCCCCAAGAAGUUGCUACCUGUAAGAAGUACGGUGAGGUGUUGGUCAACAAGACAGUGGACUGCUGUCAAAUAAAUACAUGUGUGCCCAAACCUGUCUGUGUCCACAAUAAUACUGAAUUCACGCUUGGUGAAAAUGUUCCCAGCGGCAUCUGUGAGGAGUGCAAGUGUGGCCCUGAAAAGGAUCCAGUCUCCGAGCUAUAUGUUGUUGAGUGUGUCCAAAUCGACUGUUCCACCACCUGCCAAACGGGUUAUGAGUAUGGAGUCGUACCUGGGGAAUGCUGUGGAACAUGUGUCCAGAAGGAAUGUGUUGUAGCUCUACCAAACGCCACAUCUCACAUCAUUCAGCUUGGGGAGUUGUGGUCGCCCCCUAGUGACCGCUGUGUGAAGUAUGACUGCACAAAGAGAAACGACCAGUUCAUCGUUGUGAAAACCAAAUUGGAAUGCCCAGUGUUCAGUCCAGAAGACUGUGUCCCUGGAACUGAGAAAACUGAUGCAAAUGGCUGUUGCACAUCCUGCACUCCAAUCAGUCACUGUGAUGUGAAGAACACCACCACCUACCUAGAGGUGACAGACUGCAGGUCUACUGUGCCCGUGGAGAUCGCAGCCUGCGGGGGAUCCUGUGGAACAUCUUCUAUGAAAUACACGACGCUGCUGUUCUGGUUACUGAUGGAUUUAUUCUUCUACUAAAUUCUCCACCGUCAUCAAUCCACCGUCGAACUGUUUAAAUACAUUUCAACACAUGCACAAAAAACA